GGAUCGAUUGUCGGUUUGAAUCAAUCAACCUUAUUGAUGGGUCAACAUAAGAUCAAAAAGGAAACGGCCCAAUUGAUCUACUGUAUAAACGGGUCAUCAUAAGCCCAAAAAGAAACGGCCCAUAUUAUAUAAAGCCCAAGUAGGCCCAAGCAAGACCAGUUAAAAGAGUGCGGUGUAAGCUUCCCGCCUUUUCUAUAUUCAUUAGCGCGCCAUUGAAAUCCGAAAUCUGCAUUUUCAUUUCUUCUUCCAAAGGAAGCUGCUGAGGCUUAGGGCUUACUGAUUGAGACGAUGUUCGGAAGAAUCAGAUCUUCUUCUUCACUGGAUUCCUUGGAGCGGCCGCCUUCCAAGAUUCUUAAAGAUGAUUGUCUCUCCAUCUAUGAGACUACCUUAAUGAAGCUUAAACUCGGUUCCCAACUCGAUUCAAGUCCACCCAUCAAGGAGGAUGCCUUAGAGGAUGGAGAAAUUGAUUCUGACUCAUGUUCAUUGAGCAAUGAAGCAAUGAACACAGAAGCAUGCACAAGUUUUCCCAAAGAUUCUAAUGAGUUAGCCAAGUCAACUAAAGAAGAUACAAUGACGGUUGAUUCAGAUUCUUUGACAUUUGAAACUUUCGAGGAUUGUCAAUCAUCAGAAUGUUCAACACAGCGUAGGAUGAAAAACUCCAUUCUUUACCUAUUCUCUAAAUUCAAGAAUUCUUCAGAAAUUUCAACAACAAUGGAGGAACUAACGAGUUCUAGUGCCUCUCAAUCUACUUCUGAUGUCGGGUUACAUUCAGAGCAAGAAUCCAUUGUUUCUUCGACUAUGUCAUCAGAAGAUGUUCUAUAACUUGGUGGCAUGAUUGAGAAAAAAAACAUUAGCCAUUACAAAUUCAGUCCCCUCUGGCAAUGAGUUUUCAUUCAAGUCUUCAAAAUCUGUUUAAACCAUGUUGUAUUUUUAUGGUCACUAUGAUGAAUGGGAGGGGAAUGUAUAAUUAUUAUAUUUGAACAUGAGCUAAAUUAUGAGCGAUUUGUACUGCUAACACUGUUGCUGUUGAGGUUUAAAAUAUAAAAUGUCAAUGUCAAAAGAA